AGGUUAGUUGAACUAAGCACCGCAGUCAUGGUUUAAUAUUCAAUCAAUGGGUAGGCCUAUAUUAUUUAAUAUCAGAGUGGGUAAUUAUACAACACAUCUUUAUGCUCUUAAAAGUUUAUUUGAAUACCGUUAGCCAGUAAUGAUUAAUUUAAGUUUCAAUAAUAUUAUCAGGACUUUUAUUUUGACGUUCAGAAGAACAUUUCGGACCGGAAGUUCUCCAACCAACACGGAUACGGAACGGAAGCGGAAUGUGCGGGUUUAUGGAGGGUGUUGGUAGAUGUUUAGGUUCUAUUUAGACGUGCGAUUGAUUACUCAUAGGUGUACCUAAUUUUAAUUUAACGUUGGUGAAACACGUUCACCUAGCUAGUAUGCAAAACCCCGACAAUGUAUUAUGUCAACUCCUGUGGUCCUGACAGCGACGGUGCAGCCCAGGGCGUACUGACGAAAGAAUCUUUGACACUAGUGGACUGUUGCAAAAUCCAAAGGGGGUGCAUUGAGGCUCUGCAUGCCCUUAACAUGGGGACUGUGGGGCCGGAAGACUGCCCCCAAACAGAAUCAACAAACAUGACUGUCAAACAAGUGGAGACUAUUGAACCAGUGCAUGAUGCGUUUAUUGUCAUAUUUCCACUUGUUGUGGAGGUUGGAGACACGGCCACUUUUGCACUCUUGAUUAUCACUCUUCUGCAUCUCACAAUGGAGGAAAUCUAUGUCAGGCAUGUGGAGUUGCUGGGCUUUGAGAAACGCUUCUUCCCCAGCCAGCACUAUGUCUACAUGCUGAUGGUGAAAUGGAAUGACCUGUCUGAGAAAUUGAUCUAUAGAGGGUAUCCGGAGAUCUACACCUUUCACAAAUCCCUGAAGGAGAUGUUCCCCAUUGAGGCGGGUGACAUCAAUAAGAAAGACAGGAUCAUCCCUGCACUACCAGCGCCAAAGUGGUUGGACAACCAAAAGAGCACAGAGACCAGGCAGAGCACUCUGACUGAAUAUUGCGGUUCUCUUAUCAACCUGCCCCCCAAGAUCUCCCGCAGCCAGCUGGUACGCAGCCUCUUCAAGGUCCGACCGGAGGACGAGAACCCACCCGCUCAACACCCAUUAAAAAGAAAUGAGACCUUUGUGGUGUCCAAUGACAAGACGAGAGACAACACUUCUGAGAUCUCUGGCCCCAUCAUAUUGGAAAGCUACAGGGUGAUUGCUGACUACAGCCACACCUCCAAGUAUGAGAUCACCCUGCAUAUUGGAGACUUGGUGGAGAUUGUGGAGAAAAGCCCAAAUGGUUGGUGGUUCUGCCAGUGUGAUACCAAGCGGGGCUGGGUGCCCGCCUCUUACCUAGAGCCCCUGGAUGGACCAGAGGAGUCGGAAGAAGCCGAUCCCAACUACGCAGGAGAACUCUACAUAACCACCAAAGCCUACAAGGCAGCACAAGAUGAUGAGCUGACUCUUGAGACGGGGGAAACUAUUGAGGUCAUUCACAAGCUCCUGGAUGGAUGGUGGGUGGUCAGGAAAGGAGAGGAGACGGGACACUUCCCCUCAAUGUUUCUCUACAGAACUGGAGAGAAGAAGGAGAUGGUGUCGGAAGAGCAUGUGAUGAGAAGACAGACACCCCCACCCAGACGUUCAACAAUCCGCAAUGCACAAAGUAUUCACAGUAAAGGGCGGCAGCGCAUCAGCCAGGACACGUACCGCAGGAACAGUCGCCGCUUCCUGCAGCAGAAGGGCGGCCGGCCCAAUCAGCCCAGGAAGACGUCCAAGGCCUCCACACAGUCCCCGCUGCAGGACUGGAAUAACAGAGACAACAUCCCAAAGACAGCGGGCUCUAGUCCAGGGGGUGAGCUGAAAGGGGCUCCCAUUAUCCCCCCUCGGCCCAGUCCUGAACUCAUCAUGGAGCGCUGUACAGAGAACACCCGCAAGAAAGUCAGUGUCCGCAAAUCGAGCUAAGCUUUAAACUGUGUGGAUCUGGACUCCUGUCAGCAAUGCAAUCAGAGAUGGGUUAAUGUGCGCAUUACAAGCUAAACAGCCGAUAAAGCCAACCAUGUGUGCCAUAGAGGGCAUUUUACAUUUUGUUCUGAAUGUUACCACUUAGCACUAGCUAACUGCUUAUGGAGAAAGUAAAACAAUAGUGAAAAGUGAAUGUAUGUACAAAAGCAAAGGUGUAUUUGUUUUUCUAGGGUCAUUUUUCUUAUUGUUACUUUUACGUAUGCAAUGUUUUUAAUGUUUUUUGAUCAAGUGUGUGGUUGUUAAAUGUGUUUGACUCAGUAUGCGGUUUUUGGAAUAUAAGAUUAGUUAUUUAUUUGUUGAAUUUAGCCAUUUGUAACCUACAAAAUAAAUAAUAUAUUCAGAAAAUG